UUUUCUUGCCCCAAUACUUUUUCCCCCUCGCUCUCGCUCCCUCCCUCUCGCUAGCCGGGUCCCGGUCCCUUCCUCCUUCCUGGUCUCCCUUUCCUCGAUCAGCCUCCCCCUCCGCCCCUGCCCUCCCCCAUCCGAUUAAGCGCGGAGCGGGAAGGGUGGGAGCGGUGGGGGAAGCUCUCCCUUUAAGAGGCAGCGUGCAGUGACGAAUUGUUGAAAUUGCCAUUGCAGGAUGGCAUGCCGCUAUAAAUUCAUUGUUCCACCUCCUCGCAUCUUCACAGCGCUCGCGCUGCUCGCCGCGCUCGCAGCAGCCGACUGGGGAUGACCGCGGGCAGGAAGGCACCGCAGACCAGGGGACCCCGACGCGCCGCCCGCACCGGCUCGCCGCACGCCGCCCCCUGCGAUUUUGUCUUAAUUUUUAUGGCUUUUCCUCCUCUCUUUCUCCCCUUCCUCCUGGUUCCAGCAGAGCCAAGGAAACCCACAAAAUAAGAAAGCAAGUGGGCCACGGAGCUCGGAACCUCUGCAGCCGGCGGGGCCCGAGCGGCCAGGGGGCGGCGGCGAGGCGGCGCGCACCAGUUGCCGGCCCGGUGCGCGGUACCCUCCUUACUUUUCCUGGUGCAAGGAUCCUGGCAGCAUUGGACUUUUUGUUUGUUUGCUUGUUUCCUCUCCUUUCCACGUAUUUGCUGAAUCUCCAUCACCUGACUCUUUUCUCUCUCUCUCUUUUUUUUUUACCCCCCCCCCCAUUUUUUUUUUUUUUCUUCCGGAGCUGCAAUCCAAACAUUUUUCCAAACCAACAAAGAAAAGUUCGCACGCUGGCACCGCGGUCCGGACAGGCAGGCGCUGCUGCAGGUCCCCCCCACCCUCCGACACUUGAGUCAACCUUGGGAGCAAGUGUGUGUGUGUGUGUGUGCCCCCACUCUCCGCCCCGGUAACUUCCCUAGCGAAUAACAAAUACCCAUAAGGUCCCGGUCACGCAGCCCCUCCCCGCGGGCAGCGCACUAUGCUGCUCUGGUGGGCGUCCUUGCUGCUGUGCGCGUUCCGCUUGUCCCUGGCCGCAGCCGGCACCGCCGCGGCACCUGCCCAGGAUAAAGCCGGGCAGCCUCGGGCUGCUGCAGCGGCCGCCCAGCCCCGCCAGCGGCAGGGGGAGGAGGCGCAGGAGCGGACCGAGCCUCCCCGCCAUCCGCAGCCGCUGGCGCCGCAGCGCCGGAGCAGCGGGCUCGUGCAGAACAUCGACCAGCUCUACUCGGGCGGCGGCAAGGUGGGCUACCUCGUCUACGCGGGCGGCCGGAGAUUCCUCCUGGACCUGGAGCGGGAUGGUUCGGUGGGCGCUGCUGGCCUCGUGCCCGCAGGAGGCGGGCUGAGCGCACCGCGGCGCCACCGGGACCACUGCUUCUACAGGGGCACCGUGGACGGCAGCUCCCGCUCCCUGGCCGUCUUUGACCUCUGCGGUGGUCUGGAGGGUUUCUUCGCGGUCAAGCACGCGCGCUACACCCUGAAGCCCCUGCUGCGCGGGCCCUGGACCGAGGCGGAGGCUGAGCGCGUGUACGGGGAUGAGUCCGCGCGGAUCUUGCACGUCUACACCCGCGAGGGUUUCAGCUUCGAGGCCUUGCCGCCGCGCGCCAGUUGCGAGACUCCGGCUUCUCCGCCGGGGCCCCGCGAGCGCCCCCCGGCGCACCUCAGCCCUGCCCGACGCGCAGCGCUGGCACCGCAGCUCACGGACCUGUCGGCUCUCCCGCCGGCCGCCGACGAACCGGGACCACAGACGUGGUGGCGGCGGCGGCGCCGCUCCAUCUCCCGGUCCCGCCAGGUGGAGCUGCUCCUGGUGGCUGACUCGACCAUGGCACGGAUGUACGGCCGUGGCCUGCACCACUACCUAAUGACCCUGGCCUCCAUCGCCAACCGGCUGUACAGCCACGCCAGCAUUGAGAACCACAUCCGCCUGGCCGUGGUGAAGGUGGUGGUGCUGGGCGACAAGGACAAGAGCCUGGAGGUGAGCAAGAACGCGGCCACCACGCUCAAGAACUUCUGCAAGUGGCAGCACCAGCACAACCAGCUGGGAGACGACCAUGAGGAGCACUAUGACGCGGCCAUCCUGUUUACUCGGGAGGAUUUAUGUGGGCAUCAUUCAUGUGACACCCUGGGAAUGGCAGACGUUGGGACCAUAUGUUCUCCAGAGCGCAGCUGUGCCGUGAUUGAAGAUGAUGGCCUCCAUGCAGCUUUCACCGUGGCUCACGAAAUUGGACAUCUCCUCGGCCUCUCUCAUGACGAUUCCAAAUUCUGUGAAGAGAACUUUGGCUCCACAGAAGACAAGCGCUUAAUGUCAUCUAUCCUCACCAGUAUCGAUGCCUCCAAGCCCUGGUCCAAGUGCACCUCAGCCACCAUCACGGAGUUCCUGGAUGAUGGCCAUGGAAACUGUUUGCUAGACGUACCACGAAAGCAGAUCCUGGGCCCCGAAGAACUCCCAGGACAAACCUACGAUGCCACUCAGCAAUGCAACUUGACAUUUGGGCCUGAGUACACCGUGUGUCCCGGCAUGGACGUGUGUGCCCGCCUGUGGUGUGCGGUGGUGCGCCAGGGCCAGAUGGUGUGCCUCACCAAGAAGCUGCCUGCCGUGGAGGGCACACCCUGUGGGAAAGGCAGGAUCUGCUUGCAGGGCAAGUGUGUGGACAAGACCAAGAAGAAAUAUUACUCAACAUCAAGUCACGGAAACUGGGGGUCCUGGGGUCCCUGGGGCCAGUGUUCUCGCUCUUGUGGGGGAGGAGUACAGUUUGCCUAUCGCCACUGCAAUAAUCCUGCACCCAGAAACAAUGGCCGCUACUGCACAGGGAAGAGGGCCAUCUACCGAUCGUGCAGUGUCACGCCCUGCCCAGCCAAUGGUAAAUCUUUUCGACAUGAACAAUGUGAAGCCAAAAAUGGCUAUCAAUCUGAUGCAAAAGGAGUGAAAACAUUUGUGGAAUGGGUUCCCAAAUAUGCAGGCGUCCUGCCAGCAGAUGUGUGCAAACUGACCUGCAGAGCCAAGGGCACUGGCUACUACGUGGUCUUCUCUCCAAAGGUGACAGAUGGAACUGAAUGCAGGCCGUACAGUAAUUCCGUCUGCGUGCGAGGGAGGUGUGUGCGCACCGGCUGUGAUGGCAUUAUUGGCUCAAAGCUUCAGUAUGACAAGUGUGGAGUAUGUGGAGGAGACAACUCCAGUUGUACAAAGAUUAUUGGAACCUUCAAUAAAAAAAGUAAGGGUUACACUGAUGUUGUGAGGAUUCCAGAAGGGGCAACCCACAUCAAGGUUCGACAGUUCAAAGCCAAAGACCAGACUAGAUUCACUGCCUACUUAGCCUUGAAGAAGAAAAAUGGUGAGUACCUUAUCAAUGGGAAGUACAUGAUCUCCACUUCAGAGACCAUCAUUGACAUCAAUGGAACAGUCAUGAACUACAGUGGUUGGAGCCACAGAGAUGACUUUCUACAUGGUAUGGGCUACUCAGCCACAAAGGAAAUUCUAAUAGUGCAAAUUCUUGCAACGGACCCAACUAAAGCAUUAGACGUCCGAUACAGUUUUUUUGUUCCCAAGAAGUCCACUCAAAAACUAAACUCUGUCACUAACCAUGGCAGCAAUAAAGUGGUAUCACAUACUUCACAGCUGCAGUGGGUGACAGGUCCAUGGCUCGCCUGUUCUAGGACCUGUGACACAGGCUGGCACACUAGGACGGUGCAGUGCCAGGAUGGAAACCGGAAGUUAGCAAAGGGAUGUCUCCUGUCUCAGAGGCCUUCUGCUUUUAAGCAGUGUCUGCUAAAGAAAUGUUAGCCUGUGGUUAUGCUCUUAUGCACAAAUGUAACUGGAGGAUUCAUCACGGAUCCAAGAGUGGUGAAGGAGAGGUCUACCUAAUGCACAGAGAGUCAUGCUUCAGUGUCAUUGUCAACAGGAGUCGAAUUAUGGGCAGAAUCUGCUCUCUGCGGCCAAAUGGAGGUGUGCACUGCUUUAUGUGACAACGGUGACCUUGGAAUAUAGAAAAACUUGGGAGUUAUUGACUAUCCCCUGACCUGCAAGAAUGAAAAGAAAAAGAAGCAGCGAUGAAUGUAGAUUCAGGGGACGUUUGAAAAUGGAAGAAGUCUCCCCUUUGUCACCUACCUCUAUAGAAUGUCUUUAAAGGCAUCAUAAUCAUUGUCACCCAUGACACACAGUAGCUUAUUUUUACUGUUUGUAAAUACAUUCUCCCUUGAUAUGUCACUUUAUAUCACUUGGUUCUAUAAUAUAUACAUAUAUAUAUUUCUAUAGAAAAUAUUUGACCAAAGUAGGUCUGCAGCUAUUUCAAUCCCUUCUAAUUUCCAGAAAGAGCUGUGGAUGUUUUACUGGAAAUUAAGGACUUGCUGCUGUUUUAAUAAGAUUUAAUGCAUUUGCCGACUACAGGAGAUAAAUUUAAGUCAAAAACCACUUUGACAGCAAUCAUCUUCUGAGAAAUUUUGAAAAGAGAAAGGAUCUCAGUGUAUCUAGUCAUUUAAAUACAUACAUGGGUCCAUUUACUCAAACUUGUGACUGUAUUUAUUUCAGACAGUUAGCCAAAUUAAUGCAUAGUCAGGAUGUAGAAGUAGUGUGUGUAUGCGUGUGUGUGUGUGUGUGUGUGAUCAGUAUUCAACAGUCUAAAAGUUAGACUCCUUAUGUUGGAUUGUAAAAGAGAAAACAUCUAUUUCACCAUAUUGUCAAUUUGUCUUCACAACUGCUUUUUCUCUCUAUGGCUCUCAGCUGAUAUUUUACAAUGUGUAAUAUAGAUAGAUACAAAACACACAGCAAAGAGUUUUCUAUCAUAUCCAACACUUUCAACACUGGUACACAUCUUACCAGUAAGCCUUUAAAAUGUCUUUGUUUUCAUGUACUUGUUUGUUUUGUUCAUUGAUUCCAUAAGACCUACCAUAAUUUGUACUUGCUGACUUGGUUUAAUAGGAAUAUUAAAGAUCAUUUGGUAGUUAACCACAUCUAAAAGUGGUUAUCAUCAUUAAUGUGGCUAAUGCAAAAAUCAGUGGUUAAUAUUAAUAAGACUGUUUCCACACCAUAGGCAAUAAUUCCUCAAUUAUUUUUACUGCAAGUUUAUUCUAACUGUACUAGCAAUUUUUCCCAAAUGGAAAGCAUUUGGCUGUAUCAGACUGUUUGAAUGAUGAAAUAUGAAAUAAUUUUCUAUCACAUUUGUUAGGAAGUUUAUUGCUUUUAUUUCCAUGCCCUAUCUAAGUGAGUUCUAAGUUUGAAUAGUUAGAAAUUGAAAUUUUUAUAAUCAUAUGCAUUAAAAAUUUAUUUUUUGAUGGUAAACUGCAUCCCCUCCACUCUGUAGCUCAGAAAAUGUUAGGUGUUUCAUUUCUUCAGAUUUCAUUUUCUUCAUGAAAUGCCACAAAACUAAUUUUUAAAAAAUAAAAUUUGAUAAUAAUACCAAAUGUGCCUAUUGUUAAAGAUGUGCAUACAAGGUUGAUAAGAAACCAUUGUUUUGGGUUCCACUGAACUCAUGAGUUUAUUUUUAUUAUAAAAUCCUUUAAUAUAAAAUAAUUAUGUAAUUAAUCUUGCUAUAUCACGUUCCUUUAAGUGGGGCAGAAAAAUGGAUCUCACUGUUUUAAGCACUUCUUAUUUUCUUAAGAAAUUUUAGUAGAUUGUAUUCUCUUAAGAAUACAAAAUCAGUAGUCAUCCUUUACAUUUUCAUACAUUGACUUUGUUUUAGACAUGGUAAUGUUUUCUUAACAAUUUACAAUUUGAGAAAUGAGAUCCAUUACAGGACUGGUAACCUAUAUUAGAUGGAGCUAGCCAGAUACCAAGGACAGGGAUAAAAGCUGACCAACUUGGUUAACAAGAAAGAAAGGCAGAAAGAAAGUAAGAAAGAAAAAAAGAAUGAGAGAGAGAGAAAAGAACUAUUGAACAAACCUCAUUAACCUUUUGACCAUGCAAAGAGAAUUAGUACAGAGGUCAAUCUUAGUUUUUCUAGCUUUGAAAAUAAUUAAAGUCAAGUAACUUAAAUGUGCCAACAUUUAUUUUUAUCUUUUGAGAUUAAAAUUUCAACAAUAUUAAAAAAAAUUGAAGGGUAAACAUGAUUGUCUUCUACUCUACUUCUCUACAACUGUAUUCAUAAAAUUUUCAAAGGAUUAAUUAAUGAUAUCUUUUCCCCAAAGUAAUGAAGUUGUACACUUCUCAUUGAAAUAAUCCUAGAGAACUUAGAACAAUAAACCACUACUCCAUGUUUUUAAAGAGUUUUCUCUACUUUUUUUUGUUGUGAUUAUCACUAGAUUGACCAAGGAAUGUAUGCAUGAACUUCUGAGAAAAAUGACAAACUUGAAACUGAAAUUCAAAUAAAUAGAAUGAUCAAUAAAUAUAAAGAGUGAUGAACAAGGUGGAAAUCCUCCAUAGCUCAAUCCAGUUCAGUCCAGUUUGACUUGGUACUUCAUCUUUCACCUUCUCAAAGUUGCAUCUUGAAUUUUUAAUAAGUCUACAGUUCAAGAUGCUAGGGAUUACUUCCUUCAGAAAAAAAUAUUUGAAAAUGCUCAGGUUUAUAAAAAGUCAAUCUCAAUUACAAACGAAGUCUAGGAGAGCUCAGUAUUUAUUCUAGAAUGGAAAAGAUUAAAGUAAGCCCUUCUUUGGUCUUUAGAGGUACAAGGGCAUUGUUAUAACUUAUUCAACAAAUUCAACUUUCUUUGCCUUCCUGUGGAAACAGUUUUAUCCCAUUAAUCUAAGAAUUAAGGGGUAAAUCACAAUUGAGAAAAAAAGUUGCAGCACUGAAAAAAAGUAAUUUAUUGUUUUUGCAACUUGUAUGUGAAUUUGUGUGAUAAAAUUAUUUAUUCUUAUUUAACAAAAAUAUGUGCAAAUUCUUCUAUAUUUAAAAUGUUUUGCUAUUGUCCUACCUUUUAAUUUAUGCUUCAUGUUUGUGUAUAAAGUACACUUUGUGAGUUUACAUAAUAUACAACACUGGUUGCUUUUGUAUUUUUUUACAGAAAGCUUUCUGUGUGAAACAGGUGUAUAUGUAUAUAUAAUUCUUCAUGUAUCUUUACUGAUACUAUCAUCUUCCUUUCUAAGGAAAUUUUAAAUUUAAUCAUUCAUGAAUAGUAGUAUUAAUUACUUGUAGCUAUGUUAAUAGGUAUUUUCAUACCAUUAACAUUAAUUUUUUAAAGUCACAGAUAACAGAAACAUGUAUUUGAUCAUUUAAGGUGCAGGUUUUAAACUUGAGCAUCUAGAAAGCUUCCCAUAGUAGCUGUAGCACAGUCAAGAAUCAGGUCCACGCACCUCAUUGAUUAAUCUAGACAAGGAGCUAUUGAUGUAUUAUGUGAAAUUUGUGUACACACACCUCUGAGUGAUGUAAAUUAUAAUAAAACUUGUCUUCUGCUGCUUUUGAAACACUUAAUAACUUUAAUAUCAUUUAUUCCCUAGUAUCUGUAGAAUUCCAUGGAUGAUCACAAACAAAUGGAUUCGUACGAUUCAGAUGUUAGUAAUUGUAACUGUUUCCAAAUAUGGUGUGUUCAUUGAUAGAAUGUGACUUUUUAUUACUACUGUUAAAUCCCCUGGAGUGGUGAUUCAACUUGGGACAGGUAGGGACAUGUCUGAUAAUACCAGUUUGCCUCUGACUAUAAUUUAGUUGUCUGAUUGCAAGAAUAAGAGAGAGCACCUUUGCCUCACAGCACAAUGCACUGGGUCCAUCUCUGGUUCUGAUGUUUUCCUAUCAACUCCUCCCUUUUAAACAAUCUCAUUGUAACGAUUUGGAUGAGAGCAGCCACUAGAUUCAGAAGUCCAGUACUUGUGCUAUGACUCAGGGGUCACAAUUUGUACAAUAAGGUCAUGUUUAAUAAUGGCUGACACUUGCUAGCAGUCUAUGGCUGAGUGUGAAAUCUCACUGGCCCAAUUGGGAAUAUUACUAAUAUAUUCAUAGUUAAACUUCAAGCCAAACAAAUAACUCUAUAUUUUCGAACAUUUCAAAGCUACAAAAUAGACGACCACUGAAAUGGUCAUCUAAAGUUAUAAUAGAGACAAAUUCAAAGUAGUUUAUCAUUUAGACACAGAAAAAAACUUGAAUGUUUUCACUAUUAAUUUUUCUCAUUUGCCAACAAUCUGUAGUUGUAGAUUACAAAAUAAACAGAUCAACCUAAUUGCCAAAUAGCCCAUGUUAGCAUGAACUGUAGAAAUGACUUAUCUAGUUAUAUCUUCAUGAAGCACAUUAGUCUGUAAUGUGUAAUUGUGUUCUAUUCAACUGAUGUAUGGGAACAUAUUGAAAUAUGAAACCAUGUAUUUACACAACUGAAAAUGGGAAUAUGGGUGGUAUUCAUCUCAGAAAGCAGAUUAAGUAAUCUGGCAAUUAUUUCUUUGGUGCCAUGUUAUAUAAUUGUCCAUGCAGGUUUUGUGGAAGAAAUAAAAAAAUACAAAGACACUGGUUUUGAAAGACUUUAGCAUAAGACCUAGAAGUGUACAUUAGCUAACCUAGUUAAUUGCAUCUUAUUAAUAUAAUACCACUUUAGAAAUAAUUUUUCUAUUUCUAUUUUUAAUCAUAUACUUCCACUAAGUAGUCCAUGUAGAUUGCAUAGGUCAAGUGAAAAAAAUGAAUUAAUAUCCCAUCAUCCCAUAAGGCAAUGCCACAUCAGAAUGACCCAAAGUCUAACACUGGGAGGAAAACUGUGAUUUGUAAGUACAAUAGUGCAUACAUUUUUCCUGAUUGUUUGGCACAUCCAACAAUCAGUUGUAAUUCCUAUUAAGGUGCUAAUAUCAUCAGUGGUCAACUGUCAAAUGCAACAUUUCUGAAUUACUAUUUCUUUCUAAGUGAUUUAAUAACUUUAAAGAAUGACCUCUCAGGUUUUUGUCAAAGCUGGGUACAACUUGACACUCAAAAGUCUGGAAAAUAAGCACAUUCAGUGGUCAUUCUGACCAACUGUGGCAAGCAAUAUAAACUAUACAUAUUCUAAAGACAAUUAAGCUAUUAUCAAAAGUUGAAGAGUGUCAGGCCACAGUCAGGUUUAGAAGUUAUGUUUCAGUAUUUACUAAGCUCUCACUACUCCAUUUAAACAUCUGUGCACAUUUGGCCUGACAUUUUUUAAGUAUCGCAAUAUUUUUGUAAACAUUACUGACUGCAUCUCAGCCUUUUCUUCCACAACUUACAAUAUAUUACAAACAUUGCUACCUAUACUGAGAGUAUAUUUAGAAGUUCAUAUUGUUAUGUGACUUUGUGACGCUACACUUUUGAUUAAGAAAUAUAGUCUCUGGGUGAUGUUUUUACAUUAUACACCAGGCUUGACAAAUAUGAGUUCAUUUUGCUACCAUUAGCAGUUGACAAACACUGCCUACAUCUUGGAAUGACCUAUUAGUCAGAGGAAAUCAUGCAUGUGCUUUGUAAAUAGUGCAGAUAACUAAACAGAUUACAAAAAUAUGCUCCAUUUGAUGUAAGCAGUUGCACAAAUAUUAAAUUCCUACACUAGGGUAUGUGAGUAAAUUCAAAUAAUAAAACUAAGUCAAUUUAACCAAAAUUUAAAAUCUUAAAACAUGCUUUCAUGGUAUAGAAAAAUACUGCAGAUUUGCACACUAUUUAUAAGAUGUAAAAUGCACACUACUUAUGAAUUUCAAUUUUACAGAAGUGCUAGCAUAUAGUGAAGUAGAAAGAACGAGAAAAGCUUGGAAAACUAAAGCAGGUCUUGUUUAAAACAUCUCUUCAGCUUUGGCAAACUUCAAAUCUGAAUCAGCUAUUUAAAGCAUUGCUGUGUCUUGUUGCCUGCAUUCCACAAUAGCGCUGUGGUUCAGGUAAACUACUUGAACUGAGUUGUGUGGGACCUAGCCUGUAUAUUUUUCAUUAAGGAACAAUAUCUUAUUUUGUAAGACAUUUCCCUAUGUGUGAUGUUAAACUGUAAAAUUAAACAUUGCUUUUGUGGUUUUAGUGGACACAAUAAAUCUAAAUUAUAAACUAGAUUAAAGUAUGUACUGUACAAGAUAUGUUUUAAAGUUGGGAACACAUGUCCAUUUAUGUUUAAUUUCUUCAUCCCACUAGUAGCACGAAGCCAGGUCUUAAGGAGACCCUUAUAUUUUCCAUGACUUCUAUCAUCUCUCAUUCAUUUUGUUAUAGACUUUUUUUAUUAUUUUUAUUUUUUGACAGGUAGAGUGGACAGUGAGAGAGAGAGAGUGAAAGGUCUUCCUUUUCGUUGGUUCACCCUCCAAUGGCCGCUGUGACCGGUGCGCUGUAGCCAGCACACUGCACUGAUCCGAAGCCUGGAGCCAGGUGCUUCUCCUGGUCUCCCGUGCAGGUGCAGGGCCCAAGGACCUGGGCCAUCCUCCACUGCACUCCCAGGCCACAGCAGAGAGCUGGACUGGAAGAGGAGCAACUGGGACAGAAUCCGGCGCCCCGACCAGGACUAGAACCCGGGGUGCCAGCGGCUCAGGGGGAGGAUUAGCCUAUUGAGCUACGCACGGCACUGGCCCAUUUUGUUAUAGACAUUUAAUACUUCAUCUGAUUUAAAAUACUAUGAAACUAUUGCUUCACUUUCUUCUUACUAGGCUACUGCUCUCUAAAGUCUGCCUAGUACUGAAAUUCUGUUAAAUUACAAACAACAAAUUACAUGGUCAACUGUUUCACUUCUAUUUUAUAC